AUGGACAGCUCCACCAGCACCAUGGACAACUCAAUCAGUCAGUACAUCCACACUGGCGAAAGGCCGUUCGUGUGCAACACUUGCAGCAAAACCUUUACUAAAUCAUCACAUCUUAAAAGCCACAUAUACACGCAUACGGGCGAGAAGCCCUACAUCUGCAAAUCAUGUGGAAAAAGUUACAGAGAACGUUCCCACCUGGUGGUUCACUCGAGGAUCCACACCGGUGAAAGGCCGUACCUGUGCAACAUCUGCGACAAAACCUUUAUUACAUUAUCAAGUCUUAAAUGCCACAUAACCACGCACACGGGCGAGAAGCCCUACAUCUGCAAAACAUGUGGAAAAAGUUACAGAGAACGUUCCCACCUAGUGAUUCACUCGAGGACCCACAGUGGCGAAAAGCCGUACCUGUGCAACACCUGCGACAAAACCUUUACUACAUUAUCAAAUCUUAAAAGCCACAUGUACACGCACACGGGCGAGAAGCCCUACAUCUGCAAAACAUGUGGAAAAAGUUACAGGCAACGUUCCACCCUGGUGAUUCACUCGAGGAUCCACACCGGCGAAAGGCCGUACCUCUGCAUCGACUGUGGAAAAACCUUUACUAAAUCAUCACACUUAAUUAUGCAUAAAAUGAUCCACACGGGCGAGAAGCCCUACAUCUGCAAAACAUGUGGAAAAAGUUACAGGCAAAAUUGCCACCUGGUGGUUCACUUGAGGAUCCACACCGGCGAAAGGCCGUACCUGUGCAACACCUGCGGAAAAACCUUUAUUAAAUCAUCAAAUCUUAAAAGCCACAUAACCUCGCACACGGGCGAGAAGCCCUAUACCUGCAAAACAUGUGGAAAAAGUUACAGGCUACGUUCCACCCUGCUUACUCACUCGAGGAUCCACACGGGCGAGAAGCCGUACAUCUGCAAAACAUGUGGAAAAAGUUUCACAGAACGUUCCAACCUGGUGAUUCACUCAAGGACCCACACCGGCGAAAAGCCGUUCGUGUGCAGCACCUGUAGCAAAACCUUUACUAAUUUAUCGGAUCUUAAACGCCACCUAACCACACACACGGACGAGAAGCCCUACAUCUGCAAAACAUGUGGAAAGAGUUACAAGCUACGUUCCCACCUGGUGGUUCACUCGAGGAUCCACACCGGCGAAAGGCCGUACCUGUGCAACACCUGCGGAAAAACCUUUACUGAAUCAUCAGCCCUUAAACGGCACAUAGCCACGCACACGAGACAGAAGUGAUAUUUGUGCAAGACGUGCAAAGGUUUUAGCCGCAGAAUUGAUUUGCUGAGUCACAUGAAAAAUCACCCGGAGGAGAAGUCUGGUGACUCGUGACAAAUGAAGUUCAUGUUGUUGUCCUCCGGGGGCAGCUGUCCACUCCUGUCUGACCCACAGAAGAAGAACCCGCAGAAGUCCAACCACCACCUCCUGUGGCUGAUGAGCCUAAUCCCCUCCCCACAAGGGUUGCAGGUUCAACCCGGAUUUAUGCUUCUCCGUCAACUUGACGCAGAGGGAACGAUGUGGUUGUGUCGUUUUUUUUUGUUUUUUUUUAAAGUUCUGCAUUGAGUUUUUUUGAAUCCCUGUUCCUUCUUAAAACUGUGUUUUUUGUUGCUGUGCGUAACUUACCGUCUCCACGGUGCAAAUA